CAAUGGACAUAGCUUACUCAGUGACCACAGCUAACAUUCUCCUCAAUGCAACUUUGCUGGAAAAAUAUCUAAGUGCCAUCGCACCGCAAAAUGUUACAGUCUUCCUAGAAGCUUUCUCUUCUACAGCAAAACAGGCCAACCUGUCAGAGGAGCAAGUAACAACAAUAAAGAAAACACUCCUAGUUACAGAGCUCAGGGGUCUUGAGGCCAACUUCUCUACUUAUACAACUGAACAAUGGAGCGUUUUGUUCCAAAACGACUUGCUUAACUUGACAGUAUACUUCAACCAAACCCUUCUUGAGAUCAUCCCACUGAACGUAACCUGCUCCUCCUACCAAGCAAUAGUUCAAGCAUUUAGCCUUCAGUUUAGCUCAAUGACAGAUGACACAAGAGAAGCAAUCUAUCAGAACUUCCUGAAACCAUACUUGAAGGCAAAGAUAGCCAUUUCCACAGUGGUUUGUGAUGCUGGAAACUUCCAGGACUGGAGUGAACUGAACUUUGGAGCCUUUUUCUACUUCUUCUCACUUGAAGAAAUCAUGACACUCAAUAAAAACUUUACAAUGAAUGACCUAUCUCCAAUGGACAUAGCUUACUCAGUGACCACAGCUAACAUUCUCCUCAAUGCAACUUUGCUGGAAAAAUAUCUAAGUGCCAUCGCACCGCAAAAUGUUACAGUCUUCCUAGAAGCUUUCUCUUCUACAGCAAAACAGGCCAACCUGUCAGAGGAGCAAGUAACAACAAUAAAGAAAACACUCCUAGUUACAGAGCUCAGGGGUCUUCAGGCCAACUUCUCUACUUAUACAACUGAACAAUGGAGCGUUUUGUUCCAAAACUACUUGCUUAACUUGACAGUAUACUUCAACCAAACCCUUCUUGAGAUCAUCCCACUGAACGUAACCUGCUCCUCCUACCAAGCAAUAGUUCAAGCAUUUAGCCUUCAGUUUAGCUCAAUGACAGAUGACACAAGAGAAGCAAUCUAUCAGAACUUCCUGAAACCAUACUUGAAGGCAAAGAUAGCCAUUUCCACAGUGGUUUGUGAUGCUGGAAACUUCCAGGACUGGAGUGAACUGAACUUUGGAGCCUUUUUCUACUUCUUCUCACUUGAAGAAAUCAUGACACUCAAUAAAAACUUUACACUGAAUGACCUAUCUCCAAUGGACAUAGCUUACUCAGUGACCACAGCUAACAUUCUCCUCAAUGCAACUUUGCUGGAAAAAUAUCUAAGUGCCAUCGCACCGCAAAAUGUUACAGUCUUCCUAGAAGCUUUCUCUUCUACAGCAAAACAGGCCAACCUGUCAGAGGAGCAAGUAACAACAAUAAAGAAAACACUCCUAGUUACAGAGCUCAGGGGUCUUCAGGCCAACUUCUCUACUUAUACAACUGAACAAUGGAGCGUUUUGUUCCAAAACGACUUGCUUAACUUGACAGUAUACUUCAACCAAACCCUUCUUGAGAUCAUCCCACUGAACGUAACCUGCUCCUCCUACCAAGCAAUAGUUCAAGCAUUUAGCCUUCAGUUUAGCUCAAUGACAGAUGACACAAGAGAAGCAAUCUAUCAGAACUUCCUGAAACCAUACUUGAAGGCAAAGAUAGCCAUUUCCACAGUGGUUUGUGAUGCUGGAAACUUCCAGGACUGGAGUGAACUGAACUUUGGAGCCUUUUUCUACUUCUUCUCACUUGAAGAAAUCAUGACACUCAAUAAAAACUUUACACUGAAUGACCUAUCUCCAAUGGACAUAGCUUACUCAGUGACCACAGCUAACAUUCUCCUCAAUGCAACUUUGCUGGAAAAAUAUCUAAGUGCCAUCGCACCGCAAAAUGUUACAGUCUUCCUAGAAGCUUUCUCUUCUACAGCAAAACAGGCCAACCUGUCAGAGGAGCAAGUAACAACAAUAAAGAAAACACUCCUAGUUACAGAGCUCAGGGGUCUUCAGGCCAACUUCUCUACUUAUACAACUAAACAAUGGAGCGUUUUGUUCCAAAACUACUUGCUUAACUUGACAGUAUACUUCAACCAAACCCUUCUUGAGAUCAUCCCACUGAACGUAACCUGCUCCUCCUACCAAGCAAUAGUUAAAGCAUUUAGCCUUCAGUUUAGCUCAAUGACAGAUGACACAAGAGAAGCAAUCUAUCAGAACUUCCUGAAACCAUACUUGAAGGCAAAGAUAGUCAUUUCCACAGUUUGUUUUUGUAAAUUUUCCUUUGAUUUUUUUUCCAUAGUGGUUUGUGAUGCUGGAAACUUCCAGGACUGGAGUGAACUGAACUUUGGAGCCUUUUUCUACUUCUUCUCACUUGAAGAAAUCAUGACACUCAAUAAAAACUUUACAAUGAAUGACCUAUCUCCAAUGGACAUAGCUUACUCAGUGACCACAGCUAACAUUCUCCUCAAUGCAACUUUGCUGGAAAAAUAUCUAAGUGCCAUCGCACCGCAAAAUGUUACAGUCUUCCUAGAAGCUUUCUCUUCUACAGCAAAACAGGCCAACCUGUCAGAGGAACAAGUAACAACAAUAAAGAAAACACUCCUAGCUACAGAGCUCAGGGGUCUUCAGGCCAACUUCUCUACUUAUACAACUAAACAAUGGAGCGUUUUGUUCCAAAAUGACUUGCUUAACUUGACAGUAUACUUCAACCAAACCCUUCUUAAGAUCAUCCCGCUGAACUUAACCUGCUCCUCCUACCAAGCAAUAGUAAAAGCAUUUAGCCUUCAGUUUAGUUCAAUGACAAACGACACAAGAGAAACAAUCUAUCAGAACUUCCUGAAACCAUACUUGACUGCACAAUCAGCCACUUCCACAGUGGUUUGUGAUACUGGAAGCUUUGAGACCUGGAGCGAACUGAACUUUGGAGCCUUUUUCUACUUAUUUUCCCUUGAAGAAAUCGUGACACUCAAUAAAAACUUUACACUGAAUGACCUUCCUCCAAAGGACAUAGCUUACUCCGUGACCAAAGAUAACAUUCUCCUCAAUGCAAAUUUACUGGAAAAAUAUCUAAGUGCCAUCGCACCGCAAAAUGUCACAGUCUUCCUGGAGGUUCUCUCUGUCGCAGCAAUACAGGCCAACCUGUCAGAGGAGCAAGUAACAACAAUAAAGAAAACACUCCUUGCUACAGAGCUUAGGGGUCUUCAGACCAACUUUUCUACUUAUACAACUGAACAAUGGAAAGUUUUGUUCCAAGUCUACUUGGUUAACUUGACAGUAUACUUCAACCAACCCCUUCUUAAGAUUAUCCCCCUGGACAUAAACUGCUCCUCCUACCAAGCAAUAGUAAAAGCAUUUAGCCUUCAGUUUAGCUCAAUGACAGAUGACACAAGAGAAGCAAUCUAUCAGAACUUCCUGAAACCAUACUUGACGGCAAAGAUAGCCAUUUCCACAGUGGUUUGUGAUGCUGGAAACUUCCAGGACUGGAGUGAACUGAACUUUGGAGCCUUUUUCUACUUCUUCUCACUUGAAGAAAUCAUGACACUCAAUAACAACUUUACACUGAAUGACCUUUCUCCAAUGGACAUAGCUUACUCAGUGACCACAGCUAACAUUCUCCUCAAUGCAACUUUGCUGGAAAAAUAUCUAAGUGCCAUCGCACCGCAAAAUGUUACAGUCUUCCUGGAAGCUUUCUCUUCCACAGCAAAACAGGCCAACCUGUCAGAGGAGCAAGUAACAACAAUAAAGAAAACACUCCUAGCUACAGAGCUCAGGGGUCUUCAGGCCAACUUCUCUACUUAUACAACUAAACAAUGGAGCGUUUUGUUCCAGAAUGACUUGCUUAACUUGACAGUAUACUUCAACCAAACCCUUCUUAAGAUCAUCCCGCUGAACUUAACCUGCUCGUCCUACCAAGCAAUAGUAAAAGCAUUUAGCCUUCAGUUUAGUUCAAUGACAAACGACACAAGAGAAGCAAUCUAUCAGAACUUCCUGAAACCAUACUUGACUGCACAAUCAGCCACUUCCACAGUGGUUUGUGAUACUGGAAGCUUUGAGACCUGGAGCGAACUGAACUUUGGAGCCCUUAUCUACUUAUUUUCCCUUGAAGAAAUCAUGACACUCAAUAAAAACUUUACACUGAAUGACCUUCCUCCAAAGGACAUAGCUUACUCCGUGACCAAAGAUAACAUUCUCCUCAAUGCAACUUUACUGGAAAAAUAUCUAAGUGCCAUCGCACCGCAAAAUGUCACAGUCUUCCUGGAGGUUCUCUCUGUCGCAGCAAUACAGGCCAACCUGUCAGAGGAGCAAGUAACAACAAUAAAGAAAACACUCCUUGCUACAGAGCUUAGGGGUCUUCAGACCAACUUUUCUACUUAUACAACUGAACAAUGGAAAGUUUUGUUCCAAGUCUACUUGGUUAACUUGACAGUAUACUUCAACCAAACCCUUCUUAAGAUUAUCCCCCUGGACAUAAACUGCUCCUCCUACCAAGCAAUAGUAAAAGCAUUUAGCCUUCAGUUUAGCUCAAUGACAGAUGACACAAGAGAAGCAAUCUAUCAGAACUUCCUGAAACCAUACUUGACGGCAAAGAUAGCCAUUUCCACAGUGGUUUGUGAUACUGGAAGCUUUGAGACCUGGAGCGAACUGAACUUUGGAGCCCUUAUCUACUUAUUUUCCCUUGAAGAAAUCAUGACACUCAAUAAAAACUUUACACUGAAUGACCUUCCUCCAAAGGACAUAGCUUACUCCGUGACCAAAGAUAACAUUCUCCUCAAUGCAACUUUACUGGAAAAAUAUCUAAGUGCCAUCGCACCGCAAAAUGUCACAGUCUUCCUGGAGGUUCUCUCUGUCGCAGCAAUACAGGCCAACCUGUCAGAGGAGCAAGUAACAACAAUAAAGAAAACACUCCUUGCUACAGAGCUUAGGGGUCUUCAGACCAACUUUUCUACUUAUACAUCUGAACAAUGGAAAGUUUUGUUCCAAGUCUACUUGGUUAACUUGACAGUAUACUUCAACCAAACCCUUCUUAAGAUUAUCCCCCUGGACAUAAACUGCUCCUCCUACCAAGCAAUAGUACAAGCAUUUAGCCUUCAGUUUAGCUCAAUGACAGAAGACACCAGCGCAUCAAUCUAUCAGGACUUUGUGAGACCAUACUUGAAUAGUGCUUCCACAGGUCCCAAUCCAAAAUGCUACACAGCUGGUGGUGACUAUUCCUGGAUCGUUCAAAAUUUGCAGAAUUUUGUGACCUACUGUACUAGUGGAGAUCUUCAAUCAUUUAGCAGCAAUUCAACACUGCUUCAGCUAUUUUUGGAGGACUCCCAAACUCUGGGUUUGAUCGGGAAUCUGACUCUCCAAGAAGACUUUAUGAUAUACGCUGCGCAGCUGUUCUUCAUGGGAAAUUCAACAUUAACUGUACAACGCAUCCCUGUAAAUAUCCUUUGCCAUGCUGUUGGCAAGAUAGACCUUGGUAAUUUACCUCAAGCACAGGCAAUCAUCAUUCUACAGUCUUUGAAAACAUGUGGUGCUAACGUCAGCCUGGGGCAAGAACAGCUGACCAACCUGCUCCCCUCGAUUACCAAUGUCACAUCGGAAACUCUGGCCACGCUGGGAUCUGCCGCUGUCGGACUGUCACCAUCCGUUUUGGCUGAUACAAGUGGGAGCGCCCUGAAGGAUAAUCUUCAAACCUUGUCCUCCAUCACUAGCUGGAGCGUCACACAGGCUUCUGUUAUUGUAUCAAACCUGGUUCAGAGUAAUUUCCAGAUUAAUGCUGAGACGCUGACUAAAAUAGGUCAACUGGUUAUUGGUGUCCAGUCUGCUGAAAUAACCAAGUUGUCAGCAACUGACAUUCAGGAUCUGGCCAAAAAUACCAACUUUACCGGUUUCAUAGAACAAGCUCCAAUAGUGUUGAAGCAGCAAUUUGUUCUGCAGGUCAUUCAGACUAGCAGCAUCCGCAACAAGACCAUCUUUGAGACUGUGCCAUUUGCAUUGGCCGGUGAGAUCCCAUCAUAUCACUUACUGGCUUCCAACCUCAAUGUCAGUACAAUAAAUCAGAUGCAAUGGACCUCAAGCCAGGCUCAAGUGUUCUUCCACACCAUAAUAACCGAAGUGAAAAGCUUCUCUGAUUUAUCUGUGAACAUCCUUCAAGGAUUUACUUGUGGAGCUGCAAAAACAUUAACUGAUGACCAAUUUGUCAGCCUAAUAAAGACUAUGAAUGGCAAAGCAGUGACAAUAGACAGUGACCAAUUGAGCUGCAUAGCCAGGAGACUUACAAAUGGAGGAGCUCCAACAGACUUCAGCAGCAUUCCCAGCAAUGUUCUACUUUUCAUGGGCCCGUACACCAGCGAAUCUCAGUGUAAAGAUUAUUUUACACGUGUUGGACAGGCUAACAUUGACCUGCUGCCUCAAGGAUCUACAAAGAGGACCUCUCUACUCAGCAAUGCAAAAAGCUGUCUGAACAUAAACACCAACAGUAUCAGUAAGGAAAACCUGGUAACUUUGGGCAGCCUGGCAUGUGACCUGACAUACCAAGAUAUCACCAGUUCUGACUCUUAUGUCUUAGAAGCACUCAAAACUUGUUCAUCCUUUACUGACAAUCAGAGAGCAGCCAUUUUGACCAGGCUGAAAGAACAAUAUGGGGAUCCUUCUGCUUGGACUUUGUCAAACAUGACGAUGAUAGGAAGCCUUUCCAGCACGCUAAAUAGUGACACCUUGAAGCUAAUCAACAAGGAUGUAAAGAUAAAGUUCUUCCCAGGAGUGCUGCAUUCCAUGAAAGUUCAGCACAAGACGACAUUUACCUUUGUCAUCAAGCAACUUAGAGCUUCAGCUAAGUCUGCCAGUCGUGAUGAUCUUAUGACAUGUAACGAGGUUAUCACUACAGCAACGAUAAACGAUCAAACGGACUUUAUGGCAGCCACUUACUCAGCUGCACAGCUGCAAGCUUGUAUCACCAAUAAAACUUUAAAGGAUAGCUUGACUGUCCUCGGAGGCUUGGCUUUCGAUGAUGAGCAGCUGCAAGCGCUCAAAAACCGAAUGGAUAUGAUCUUCCCUACUGGUGUACCAGAACCGUAUCUCAUCCAGCUAGGCAAUAUAGCAAGAGUGUACAGUGAGAAGGAAAUGAGCCUUUGGAAUAUUACAUCCGUGGAUACCUUAGCGGCACUGAUCCAAGGAACAUCUUGGAAUUCUAGUGACUCCAGGAUCAAUGUGUUGGUUCAGCGAUACCUGCAGCUCAAUCCAAAUUCCACUGUGGAUGCAAUACUACUCACCGUCUUGGCUCCUUACAUCUGCAGCCUAAAUGAGAAUCUAAUUAAAAACAUUAAUUUAGAUGAUUUAAGAAAUUCCGCCCAACCACUGCAGAUUUCCACGUGUAGUCAAAGCACCAAGGACCUCCUCUUCGACAAGAUGAAGUCUGCACUCUCAUCAAAUGAUAAAACUGCAAAUGGAUAUUAUCAGAUAAUGAAGCCUGUAAUAGGUGGUGCUAAGGCCAGCGACCUGAUCGCAUUUUCUACGAACCCCUUAGACAUGGAUCUCACAACCUUUACAACUCUAAAUCCAAACGAGUUGAAGCAAUUAAGUGCGCAAAAUAUUAAGAACUUGGUGGGAGUUAAUGUGAUCGACAUUAACACAAUAGCCAACAGCACUGUGCUCCAGGCCUGGGCGGCAUCACACACACAGAUGGAGGUCAACAAUCUGGGGCUCUAUGUUAAAGCCGGCGUAGAAGAUGCAGUGCCAGAUGGAGUCAUCAAUAUCAAGCCAGUCUCUCCGACCUCCGGAGCCGGAGCUCCUCGUUGUGCCUUUUAUCUCCUCCUGGUCUGCGCCUUGGUUGCUUUACUUCAUAUGGACAAUAUAUUCUUGUAACAUGCUACCUCUACCACCUUCCAUGCUCUCUGUUAAAGAAGAACUUCGCUAAGCUGUUUGCCUCUAAAACUGCCACAUAACCUAAUCCCAUGAUCAAGAAAACAACAAUCCCGUCUAUGAAAGAAGAACUUACCACAUGCCCAUGCCUUGACCAGAUCUGCCUGAGAACCAUAAGGGACCACCCAAUAAUGUAUAACCUUGGUAAAGGACUGUAAAGCACACGUGGAAGAAUUCAAAUAUUAACUAUUCUCUAUGGCCACUCCUCCUCGUGCUUCAUGUCCAAACUGAUCUAGAACUAUGGACAAAAGCAUGCAUGAUACAACUAGAACUAUUUUCCUCUGUUGCGCUUUGUGUAAGCUAUACUGUCAGUUACCAUGCUAUUAUAGAGGGGCUGGGCACAGCCAUAUACGUUGAGGGUGUGAGGAUAUUAGGUGAAUUAAUUGUAUUUAAUUAUUUUAAAAGCUGCUUAUUUUUAAAACACUAAAUCUGAGUUCUUCUAGAGUAACCAUGGAAGUUAUGCAAAUCAACAGUAUUUAAUUUAUGCUCACCUGGGACACAAUUAUAUUGAGAUGUAUUACAGUGAAAAUUUUCAUUUCUAUAACUGAAUUAUAUUAUCCAUAUUAGAUCAGUUUUUCUAGCAAAUCGGUUACUGAGCUACAGCUGCAACAAUCAAAAUGCUUCAUUCCAUCAUCACUAGCACCCUGGUACCCGAGGCGUCACUCGUCUAUGAAGGAACUCAGGGAUAGUAUGAAGUGACACAUGAUCGUUUUCUGUCCAACUAAGCAGUCUACUUCUAAAACAUUUGUUGCACGAAUGUCAGAAGCAUUAAUGCAAGCUGAAUUAAUGUCAUGUAAUGUGUACCGAUUCCUGUAUUAGCAGAGCCACCUAGUGGCCAAAAUGUGGUAUUGCAUAGCUACCCUAAGGAUUUUGUGAAGUCCUUGAAACCCUACCUCUGUAUGCUCAAUUUUAUCACACAAAUCUUUAUAUUGAUGUUCCAGAG